UGCACCUCCGCAUGCGGCGAUGAUGGUACCGCCGUCGACUGCGAGGGACCGUGGUGUGAGGGAUACGCCGUACCCUACCCCGCCUGGUUCGACGAGUGAGCAUCAACAUCCGCAUUCGCAUCCGACGCCGCAUCAGGGGUAUACUCCCGUGAUGGGUCUUGUUCCUAAUGGAUAUGGUGCUCAUCAUGCGAUGCAAGCGCCUGUGUUGCCCGCUACUGGCGUUGAGUCGUCUCCAGUUCCGGGUGGCUUGAUCUCGCGGUUCCAUAACAUUUACCACCGCUCUCAUAACCCUACUGUCCAUCCAGUUGUGGAAGAGAAAGAGGCUGCUUCUUCGAGCCCGACUCGCGGACGCGCGCGCGAAAGACGUAAAAAAGAGCCAAAGACCAGACUACGCGGAAAUGGAAAUGGACAUGUACAUGAACAUGGUCAUGGUCAUACUCGUUCACAUUCCGUCGACUCCGAUGCUUCGUGUAGCUCUGUGAGCACUUACUACGUCAUUCCGACUCCAGGUCAGAAGGUUCGGAUUAUCAGGACUGAUGGUCAGACUGUGACGACUACGACUUCUGUCUCACGGAACGCUUCUGCUGGUGGGUGGUUGAAGAAAGCUGCGGCGUUGCGUCCUCGUUUCCUUCAUCGUGACCGAGACGAGUCUGCUGGAAACAACUCUCCAGUGAAAGAAAAAGACGCACAAGCUCACGAAAGUCAUGAUCAUGAUACUCCUACUGGACCUGUUGCUGCUCGUACGCCAAGUGGCGGAAGUGAUAAGAGCAAAAAGAAGGGAUCUCGGAAGUUGGUCCGGAGGAACUCGACUGGGGCUCCAGUGUUGCUUUCGAAUGCGCAGGAGCAGGAAGAAAAAGUUGUUGUUGGGGCGGACCAUGAUCACGGCCGUUCGCGGGAUGUGGAUAUCGUCUUUCCUGGACAGUGAUGCGGUGUGCUCUUCCUGACGAACGUGUGUAGCCUUCAACAAGGCUACCGACUGGAAAACAAAAAUAGAAGAAAGUACCUGUUUCGGCUUUCAAUUUCUUGUUUGUAUAUUUUUGUUUGCGUUUUCUUUCUUCAUUUCGAUAUGUGGGCUUGACGCUCCAUGCCUGUUGCUUUCGUAACCUUUUUACAUCUUGACGUUUCCUUAUUGCCUUGUCUUUCUCCGUCGUUUGCUUAUCAUGUUGUUUUGUUUUGUUUUGACCCGAUCACGAUACGAACUAAUCUGCUACGCAACAUGUUCCGAUAUCCAAUAUCUAACUCUAACCAUGUAUUGUCCAUCUAUCCGCGCUACAUUUGCAGCUACAUACAUACAUUUUACAUAUAUAUGUCUCUGUCUAUCUGUCAUGUUAUUGUCAUGUCUAUCGUUCUCGCAGUUUUCUGUUCCUGCUAUCACCUUGUUUUGCCUUCUUUGCACUCAUGUAAUGUUGUCGCAUCGAUAAACGUUGUACACUUCUGCUUGAUUGCUGUUUUUGUUGGAUCUGAUAGUUGUAAUUGUUGGUGAAAUUGGUGUUGUGUUCCUACUCGCUUUGGGAUUGCUUGCUGGAACCCUGGGAUGUCGGACGGGUUCAUUUUAUCUCGUUUUACUCGUUUAGUUG